GGCGACCACAUUGUAUGAUAAGCACCUGCUAUCUUCAAGGAGACUUUCAGUAGACCUAAAGCACCAGCUGGUUCAUUGAGGCUGGCCAAGACUAUCCUCAGUUCCAGUCUGGUGAGUCUAGUAUAGUCUGUUGAUGAGGCUGGCCAAGACUAUCCCUCAGUUCCAGGUCUAGUAUAGUCUGUUGAUGAGGCUGGUCAAGACUUAACCCUCAGUUCCAGGUCUGGGGUAUCCUAUUGGUUCCUGGAGGAACACGGGGCCUGUACUACAGUUAUCCUCGUGG